AUGACCGAGGUAGGGGAUUUGGCGAACAGUGAGAACAUAAGAAUGAAAUAUUUCCCCAGUUCUUUAACGAAGAAUGCCUUCACGUGGUUUACAACUUUGCCACCAAAUUCCAUAGAUACUUGGCCUCAUUUGGAAAGAUUGUUUCAUGAACAAUUCUACAUGGGCCAAACUAAGAUAAGUCUUAAGGAACUAUCCAGUAUCAAAAGAAAAUUCACUGAACCUAUAGAUGAUUAUCUGAAUAGGUUCCGUUUGUUGAAAUCUAGAUGUUUUACAAUAGUGCCUGAACACGAGUUGGUCGAAAUGGCCGCUGGAGGUUUAAACUAUUCCAUCAGGAAAAAGUUAGAUACCCAGUAUCUAAGAGAUAUGGCCCAAUUAGCAGACAGGAUUCGACAGGUCGAACGCUUAAAAGUUGAAAAGGCCAGAGCGAAUAAGAAUUAUAAGAAAGAAAGGGUUCUUAUGUCGAAUUCGAAGAUGGGGAGUCUGAAAUCUCUAAUGACCCUUAUGGUCUUGAGGAAUUCGAAGAACCCUGUCGAAACUGAAAAGAACGAUAGAUUUCCUAAAAAGACUUACACAUUUGAUGUUACCAAAUGUGACGAAAUAUUCGAUCUGGAUCUUAUUCAGAAUGCAAUUAAGGAUAGCCGCCUCAAGUUUGCUGACAAGGGGAAAAACCAGAUGAAGGUUGACGCUGAUCCCCUCAACAUUGCUGACACAAAUUAUGCUGAACCUGUCGAAAUCAACAUGAUUGACAUAUGGGAAGUGGAGGCUGUGAAGGAAACAUGA